CUCAUAUUCACUUCCAAAAGCAUCUACCUCUUUCUUAUUUUCUUUUUCUUUUCAUAUUCUCAUUUUAUUCAUGCUUUUAAAAAAGAAAAACGGAAUCAAAUACUUUUUUCUCUCUAUUUCUCAUCCUUAUUCAGUCCCUCUUCUUCAUCAUCAUCUUAUUACUCGCUUUAUCAAAUAGUAAAAACCCUAGAUUUGCUGUUCAAGCUCAUGACCGUUCAGACUCAGGAACUCAAUACUAGUGUUAUGAAUACCGGACCUUGGAGAGAUGCAAACGACGAUGUUUCGGGCGGGACUAGGACAAGACGUAUAGUAGAAGAAGAUUCAGAAGAAGCUGUCGUCGUAGCCGUAGCCACCAGUGGCAAACCCGUAAUUAAGAAGCCACCAACUUCGAUUUCUUCUUCUUCGUCGUCGUGGAUGAAAUCGAAGGAUCCAAGGAUUGUUAGGGUUUCACGUGCCUUUGGAGGCAAAGACCGUCACAGCAAAGUGUGUACGUUGCGUGGUCUACGUGACAGACGCGUGAGAUUAUCAGUCCCCACGGCUAUCCAACUUUAUGAUCUUCAAGAACGGCUCGGCCUUGACCAGCCUAGCAAAGCCGUUGACUGGUUGCUCAAUGCAGCCAAAGAGGAGAUCGAUGAGCUUCCUCCCUUGCCCGUCUCGCCGGAAACUUUCAGUCUUUUCAACCAUCACCAGGCGUUCUUGAAUCUUAGUCAACCACCGGGUCAAGAUUCGACCCAGCUCGGUUUUAAAACUAAUGGAUGUGUAGAAGAGUCCAAUACUACUACUAGCCGUGAAGAAACCAACAAUAAUCAUAUUGGGUCUUAUGGAACCUAUCAAAACAUGGAACAGCAUCAACAACAACAUACGAGGUUUCAGGCAGAUUAUCCCCAUCAUCAACAUCAACUACAUAGUCUUGUCCCAAUUCAAUCACAGUUCUUGGUAUGUCCAAUGACGGCAUCAUCAACAACAACUACUAUACAAUCUUUGUUUCCCUCAUCAUCAUCAGCUGGUUCGAGGACUAUGGAGACAACAGAUCCAAGGCAAAUGGUAAGCCAUUUUCAAAUGCCAUCAAUGGGUAGUUCUUCAUCUUCCCAAAACAUUUCGACUCUCUACUCCUUGUUGCAUGGUGGUAGUAACCCGAUGCCGUCGGUCCAGUUCAACCGGAAGUAGAAGAACUGAAGGAGUAAGAAUCUGAUGUGAAAUUAGAUUAUGGAAACAAUUAAUGUUUGAUGUGCUCACAAGUGAAGAGACACAAAACAAAAAUAACAUGGUAGUUAAUGCUGUACCUUUUUCCUAAUAUAUCUCUAUACGAGUCAACGUUAUAUGAUUGAUUUACUAGUA